AUGCGCUCCUCGCCCCGCCCCACCACCCCUUCUUCUCGCGACAGAGGCUCCCCGCGCGCAUCCACCACAAACGUAAACGUGACGACGCUGGUCCGCCCAUCCCACUCGAGAACCGGAUCCGCUGGCCACCUUCCUCCCCUAUCUGGCCGGCCGCCACCUCCAGUCCAUGCCCCACCCCCUCAGGCUCAGGCAGGCAGCGUGAGAGGAGGCCGCCCGCCGGCGCUGGACACGGACGCGUCCCGCUCAUGGCCGGCGACUGCUGCUGGACCACUCCUCUCUCCCCCUCCGCUCGAGGCUGAGGCGUUCGAUGUGGAGCGUGCGGCCAGGCGUCUGCGCGCGACUGAGGGACGGGUAAACUUUGAUGAAAUUGUUCCUCCACCACAGGAGGAGAGACCGCGGCUCGGAGGACGGCGGUGGAGCUUGUGGUAG